AUGGAGCUCAAAGCCACGGCGCGCGCGGAGCACUACAACUUUCGGAGAUCCCGCCAAAUUCUCGGGCUGGGUCACGCCAGCGUCAACACCGAGGACUACAACUCCCAGGAGGUAGUGGGGCUGUACGGGGACUCCAUCUCCCAGUAUGCACCGCCGGCGCACACCUGCCAGGAUACUGCCCCCCAUCCCUCUACCCCCCCGCCCCCCCGCCCCCGCCCGGCCAAGUCCAAGGUCGGGGGCGUGGCGACCCCGCCUGAGGUGGGUUCUGUAGAGCUCUUCAUGCAGACCGAGCAUUACCGGCAGUACCACCAGUCGAUGCGCGCCCUCAGGCUGGAGUUCGUGUCCAAGGUAUGGAAGAAGGUGCACGAGGCCUGGGCAGGGAACCUGGCAGAGGGUAAGGUGCUGCAGGAUGCAGCUGACUACAGUGACCUGCCGGCUUGGAACCGGGCGGAGAACCAGCAACUGCACGAGCUAUGGUUAGGGGGACUGCGGCAGGAGGCGGAGGUGCGGGAGCAGGAGCAGUGGCAAGUGGGGGAGAAGGCCCCGUGGGCCGAGAGGCGCAGGCCUGGGAGCAGCCAAAGGAUCAGGAAGGUGUGGCAGCUGCAGGAGGAGGCAAAACAUUUCAUCACCUGAGAGAAUCUGGAGGCGUGGGUAGAAGAAGUGUUCGACUCCCUGAAGAGCUACAACUGGGCCAUCACCAGAGAGGGACUGGUACCAGGUCAGGCCACAGCACAGCACAAGGCCUCUGAAGUGCCCAUCCAGGGGCCAUGUGUGUAUGGGGGUAGAAAGGUUGGGCCUGGAAUUAACCAGUUGAUGUUUCUUAAAAAAAAAGAAAAAAGAAAGAAAGAAAAAAGAAAAGGAGAGCAAGAAUUUGCAGGAUGUCUGGGUGGCUCAGUUAGUUGAACAACUAACUCUUGAUUUGGCUUGGGUCAUGAUCCCAGGUUUGGGAUCCAUCUCUGCCUGGCUCUGCGCUGCCAGGGCAGAGCCUGCUUGGGAUUCUCAUUCUCUAUCUCUGCCUUGUUCCUAGUCUUAAAAAAAAAAAAAAAAAAAAAAAAAAAAAAAAAAAAAAAAAAAAAAAAAAAAAGCAAGAAUUUGCCAUAGUCUAGAGAAGGAAGAAAUCAAAUUUGGCAUCAAAAAAUAGUUGAAGUGGUGCCUGGGUGGCUCAGUUGGGUAAGCUUCCGACUUCAGUUCAGGUCCUGAUCUCUCUCUCUCUCUGGGUUUGUGGGUUUGGACCUCCUGGGGCUCUGUGCUGCCAGGGCAGAGCCUGGACCCUGCUUCAGAUUGUGUGUCUCCCUCUCUCUCUCUCUGCCUCUCCCCUGCUCACACUCUGUCUCUCUCUUUCAAAAAUAAAUAAACAUAAAAAAAAUAGUUGAAAGAAGGGGUGUGUGUCUGGCUCAGUUGGUAGAGCAUGCCAUUCUUGAUCUUGGGGUUGUGAGUUUGAGCCCCAUGUUAGUCCUAGAGUUAUUUUUUAAAAAGUUGAAGGAAGAUAUAUCUACCUUAUGGAACAAAACAGAUUAAUCAAACUUCGUUACAACCUGGAUGAAAUCAGUCUCAGAACUAUACUGCCUUUAGUUACUUAGUCAUCAAGCAAAACUCUUUUUAUUUACAAUUUUUUAUUUUGAAAAAAAGCCUACAGUAAUGUUCUUGUUUCUCUCACACACGUACAUGUAUAAACAGACACUUUUAAAAAGCCAUUUGAAAACAAGUUGCAGACAUGUAUUUUCUAAUAAGGACAUUCUCCUAUAUAACUACAAUACUGUUAUCACACCUGAGAAAUGUAACACUGAUACGAGAAUAGUAUCUAAUAUAUGGUUUAUAUUCAGAUUUCCAAGUGUUCUCAAAAUAUCCUUAAUAGGUGUUAAAAAAGGAGCAACAGACCAAAAAUGGAGUCAUUUGUGCUAAGCUACAUGUCAGCAAACCAAAACUUAAUACCUAACCUAAUUUCAGUUUUAGCUUUUCUGGAAUGUAACCUUUAACUGGUCGACAUGGAAUUACCUACUCAGCACUAGUGAGAUAAUCCACAGAUCCUUUCCCUUCCCUUCAGAAGGGCAACCUUGCUUGAAACAAUGCAUUCUUUACUAAUAAUUUCUUUUUCCUGCCCCGUUUUGGCAUUUCAAAAACCUUCCACUUUGUACAGUCCUUCCGAGUUCCUUUCUAUUGCU